GAACGAUUUAUUCUCCAUCGAGGAGAUCACGUGCACUCCUUAUUAUCCUCCAUCCUCGCCAGAUUUGUUGGUUAAUUAAGUUCAAUUCAAUGUAAUCAGCCUGGAUUCAGACUGGACUCGACUGGACUUACUUUAUCUCUUGUAUGUGCCCUGACUUGAGAGCUUUUGAAGGCUAUCGGGAACUUAUUAGUAUAUGCUUGAUCGACGGCACGACAUACUUUCAUCUAAGCCGAGGCUAUAUACAAGAUUCAACCAAGGGUGCUUAUAUCUACCACAUCGAAAUCCCAAGCCAUCUCUCCAUUUCAAAACACCAAGAAAUUGAACCGACUCUAGAUGCGAUCAUAAUAAAUCUUCCCUCAAACGUCGGCCAGCUCGCAACGUUUGCAGCUUAUGGUAUAGUAGCUGCAGUGCAAGGCUCAGGUGGACUUCACGUCUCACAAGCCAUCACCUCACUAUCAUUGGUUAACCUGCUAGUCACGCCUCUCCAGUACCUGCUAAUCGCAAUCCCAGAUACUUUUGCGUCGAUUGGUUGCCUGCAUAGGAUACAAGACUUUCUCAGGCAACCGAAUCGCCUCGGUGAGCCUUUCGGAUCGUCCAUAUAUGAUCUUUCUAAGCCUGAAGCUGAUCCGCUGUUCACAGAGAAGAGAAGAAUAGCCCAAUUGCCCACAAGCCCAGUUGUGUCCCCCAGCCUAUCCAGCAUUGAGCUCUCUACUUUUCCAAGCCUUAUCACUAACGCCCGCUCGAAUGUAAACCCCGUGCAUUUGUUCCUAGAUAAUGUCCGAAUUGGGUGGAAGUCCUCACCAGCAGACAGAUCCGGUGUUACCCUUGCACUCAGGCAAUCAGAGAGUGGAAUUCUCGUCACGAUUGUCGGCCCGCUCGGUAGCGGUAAGUCUAUCUUCCUGAAAGGUCUGGCUGGUGAGACGCCGGUACAAUGUGAAUGUGUACAUAGAGACACGGCUGAGUGAUGUUGAUGUCGCCAAGUAUAUAGAAGACAAUGUAUGCGCCGU